AUGUCCACCUACGAAAAUGACCACAACAUAAAUGUAUCAUCAUCUGAAUCCAGAAAUCAAGGUGAUGGUAAUCAGCAGAAUCUAAAUCAGAUUAUGGGGAACUUUUUCCAGCAGUCAGCAAUUUCAGGAAAUGAUCAUGAAGGAGAUGGUGCAUCUGAGAUCAACACCUUUAGAGAUCGAUUGAGAUCACUAGCAGAAGAAAAUGGCGGCCUUCCAACAGAAAUGUUGAGCACAUUAGACUCAAUGUUGAAUGAUCCAAGUAAAAAACAUAGUGGUGUAACUGAUGAAUUCUUUGACUCUUUGGAUAGAGUGACGAAGAAACAAUUGAAACAGGAAGAUACAUGUGCCAUUUGUACGUCUACGUUCUUGGAUGAUGACUAUCCAUUGGUGGUUAAACUUAAUAGGUGCCACCACAAGUUUGAUUUGGAUUGUAUCAAGCCAUGGCUCACUGUAAAUUCUACAUGUCCCCUCUGCAGGGCUGAUGUGUUGGCCAAAAAGACUAUUGAAGUUGAGAGUGAUGAUGAGGAGGAAUUUGAUGAUAUGUAUGGAUGA